AUGGCAGAUGAAAAACAAGGACAUGGAACUAAUCCUCCUCAGGAGCAUACAAAUGAACCCUUGCCAAGGACUUAUAACCAACUUUUAGGGACAAACAACCCUCCAAAAACAAGUUGGCCUGAACUAGUUGGUGUCACUGCAGAAGAAGCAGAGAGGAAAAUAAAAGAAGAGAUGCCUGGGGCUGAAAUUCAAGUGGUGCCACAUGAUUCAUUUGUUACAGCUGAUUAUAGAAUCCAGAGAGUUAGAUUGUAUGUUGAUGAAUCUAACAAGGUUGUUAGAGUUCCUGCAAUUGGCUAA